UUCACAUGCAUUUCUAGGUUGCAGAAAAUGGUCAUAGCUCCAAUUGACGAUGUGUGACAUCAUCGCGUAAACACGCGACCUGCCCCUCUCAACAACACUCUGAGUCUUCCUGCUUCUGUCCACGACACUCGACAACCUAGUACCUACUCUCAAUCUCACGAUGUCAUCAGGAAAGUCAACAGCGAGCAAGGUUCAAGAAAAGGUCAGGCAAGUCGCGCAGGAGGACUUCAACCAGGCCAGCGCCCUGGCAAACGAUGCCGUGCGGUCCGGCGCCUAUCUGUAUCCGUUCAAGGGUAUCGCGUAUUUCUUCACUCACCGCGCGCUAUGGCGUCCUCUCGCCGCGAAGCUGAUCCCCACGAUAUCCCUCGGCCUAGGCGUCACGGUGUUCAUGUUCGUAGUGACCUAUGUGCCUCAGGCCGCCGUCCUCAGCGUCUUCAACGGCCCGCUCGCAUUCGUCACGACUGUCCUGCUCGUGCUCAGUGAGAGCUCCACCAUCUUCAAUGUGCUGAGCAAGAACUUCCUCAUCGAUGAUGCGCUCAUCGAUACGUUCGAUGGCACACUUAUGUCGCGCAACAUGACCACUUUGGUCGCCAAGGAGCGCGCAGUCAAGUCUGGCAGCGAUCCAAUCGCAAAGUUGGGCAAGCUUGCGACCAAGCCAUUCGCGAAGUUCGCUCCCAGCGCCAUCAUCCGCUACUUCAUGUACCUCCCGCUCAAUUUCAUCCCCGUUGUGGGUACGGUCCUGUUCGUCAUUCUGCAGGGGCGCAAGUUUGGACCUACUGCGCACGUGCGCUAUUUCCAACUCAAGCAGAUGAACAAGAAGGAGAAGGAUCAGUUUGUUGAGCGCCGCAAGGCUGCCUAUGCCAGUUUCGGUGUCCCCGCCGUCCUCCUCGAGAUGGUCCCUAUCGCCGGUAUCCUCUUCUCAUUUACGAACACGGUCGGUGCAGCACUCUGGGCCGCUGAUAUGGAGUCGUGCGACGCAAGCGGUCAGAAGACAACUGCGCCCGGUCUGCGCAACCAAGCGGCAGAGGCCAGGAAAGAGUUGUAGGACUUCUAUCCGUACAGCCGCUUUGUCGGCCUAGACGAACACUAUCGAUACCCGUGGAAGCCUCCGUAUGCGCCAGGCUGGCUGCUGGGGUGGUCAUGGGUAGAAGUACUACGUAUGAAGGACGUCGAAGACCAAUCCGGGUACUUCGAUGUUUGGCGAGGAGAUGGUAAUGCUGCUGAGCGCAAUUACGACGAUAAUGAUAACGUGAUACACCUGUAUACUUAUAAUGAGACUUCAUAAUAAAUUAAGACCGAUUUCUGAACGUGC